CCUCAUGGAUGCCACCUCUACUUCUGUCUGUGUGUCACAGGGCUCAUUGCACUGGUGGCAAGCAUUUGUUCUGGUAGCCAGCCCUGUCCUGGUGGAUGAUGCUCAGAGAAGGGGUAUCCAUCCCUCUUGGAGAAGUGCUGGCUGCUGGAGCCAAACUCCUCUUUGUGUUCCCUUGGCUUAUGGCUGGCAGAGCCAUGGCUGCCUCUCUCUGUGUGUUUCACAGCCUGGGCAGGGUCUGCUGCUGGCUCUGGUGUGGUGACAUGAGGCUGCUUUGUCCCUCCACAGGGAAGUGGUUUGUGAGCACGGGGAAGGACAACCUGCUCAACGCCUGGCGGACGCCCUACGGAGCCAGCAUCUUCCAGUCGAAGGAAACCUCCUCAGUCCUCAGCUGUGACAUCUCCACGGAUGACCAGUUCAUCGUGACGGGCUCAGGGGACAAGAAAGCGACAGUUUAUGAGAUCAUUUACUGAGCCCCAGAGGUGCCAACUGCAGGACAGGCAGCUGUCCACAGGGAUGGACAGGUGGACUCUACCUGCCCUGCUGCUGACUUCCCAAAGAACGUGCAGCCAGUGGCUGUGGCAUCCCAGCUGGAGGAGAGCAGAGAGGGGUGGAGGUGGCCCUGGGACCGUGGCCAGGCAUGGUGCAGGCUGCUGCUCGGGGUGGAUUUCCUGGGGACUUUCUCCUUGUUUUGUUCUUUGUGGGUUUCUUUCUAAAUCUAGACUGUGGGAGUUGGAGAUGGGGGGGGAGGUCUGGCAUUGUUAGGGGUUUUGUUUGGGUGCUUUUUUUAUUUUUGUUUUUUAACUUUUUGUUGUGGGGUUUUUAUUUGUUUAAGGCUCUGGGCCUGCCAGGGUGGAUGGGCUCUGGCCUCACUUCCCUUUGUGCCUCCCAGGGUGUAUUUAAUAAUAAAAACAAACAAAAAAAAAA